GUCGCCGCGGCUGUGACACCAUGUAGUCCAGAAAAUCCCGAUCCGGCUUUUGGUCUGUAAAAUUGUGUCUUCCCCAGAAUUGGGCGAGAGUCCCGCCUGCCCGCUGUGUAUUCCUGUUGCGUCUCUGACAUGGAGGAAAUGCUGUCCUUCUCAGAUGUGGCCAUUGAGUUCUCUCCAGAAGAGAGGGAAUGUCUGGAGCCUGCUCAGUGGAAUCUGUACAGGGAUGUGAUGUUGGAGAAUUACAGCAACCUUCUGUUCCUGGGUCUUGCUGUGCCUAAGCCACACCUGGUGAUAUUUCUCGAGCAAAGACCAGAGCCUUCAGAUGGGAAGAGACAAGCAGCAGCCACAGUGCACCCAGGAACAAAAUCCAACAGUCACAGCAAUUACAAGGCCAUUGAAUGUAACUCACUACAGAUUCAAUGUCACAGAAUUCAUACAGGGGAGAAACCCUACAAAUGUGAAAAAUGUGGUAAGGGCCUUAGUUCUUAUAAAGCACUUUCCAUACACCAGAGACUUCACACUGGAGAAAAACCCUACACGUGUAAAGAAUGUCACAAAGUCUUCAAUACUCGCUCAUCACUUUUCAUACACCAGAAAGAUCAUACUGAUGAGAAAACCUACAAGUGUGGAGACUGUGGCAGAUCAUUUUACUAUCCUUCAAUGCUGAAGCAACAUCAAAGGAUUCAUGUUAAAGACAGCCCAUACAAGUGCAAAGAAUGUGGCAGGUGUUUUUUCUCAUUUUUAUGCCUUAGACAGCAUCAAACAAGACAUACUGGAAAGAAAGCAUACAAGUGUGAAAAGUGUGGCAAAUGCUUUUCCUUCCUUUCAUCCCUUCGGCGACAUAAAGCAAUUCAUUCUGAAGACAGUCCCUAUAAAUGUGCAAAGAGUAGCAAAACUGUUUCCCAUUGUACAUUCCUUCAAGAACAUCAGACAAUUCAUUCUGGAAAGAAAUCAUACAGGUGUGAGAAGUGUGCCAAAUGUUUUUACUUCCCAUCAUCUCUUCGGCGACAUAAAGCAAUUCAUUCUGAGGAUAAUCCCUACAAGUGUGCAGAGUGUGGCAAAACUCUUUCCAGUUUUAAAUUCCUUCAAGAACACCAGACAAUUCAUUCUGGAAAGAAAUCAUACAAGUGUGAAGAGUGUGGCAAAUGUUUUUACUUCUCCUUAUCCCUUCGGCGACAUAAAGCAAUCCAUUCUGAAGACAGUCCCUUUAAGUGUGCAGAGUGUGGCAAAACAUUCUCCUAUUUUACAUACCUUCAAGACCAUCAGACAAUUCAUACUGGAGAGAAAGCAUACAAGUGUGAAGAGUGUGGCAGAUGUUUCCACUUAUCUUCAUCCCUUCGGCGACAUCAAACAAUUCACUGUGAAGACAAUCCCUACAGUUGUGGGGACUGUGGUAGAAGGUUUAAGUCUUCUUUAUCCCUUAAACAACAUCAAACAAUACAUUCAGCAAAGAGUCCUUCCACCAGUGUACAUUGUGGCAAAUGGUCUUCCUAUUCUAGGGAUCUUCAGGGUAAGCAAACAGUUCACACUGGAGAGAACCCCUACAAGUGUGAAGAAUGUCACAAAGGCUUUCGUUGUCCCUCAUCCCUUAAAAGACACAAGAGAGUGCAUACUGGAGAGAAACCCUACACGUGUGAAGAAUGUCACAAACCUUUUCGUUGUCCUUCAUCCCUUAGGAGACACAAGAGACUUCACACUGGAGAGAAACCCUACAAGUGUGAAGAGUGUCACAAGGCCUUUCGUUGUCACUCAUCCUUUAGUAGACACAUGAGAGUUCACACUGGAGAGAAACCCUACAAGUGUGAGGAAUGUCACAAAACCUUUCAUUAUCACUCAUCCCUUAAGACACACAAGAGAGUUCACACUGGAGAGAAACCCUUCAAGUGUGAAGAAUGUCACAAAGCCUUUAAUUGUUACUCAUCUUUUAGGACACACAAGAGAGUUCACACUGGAGAGAAACCCUACAAGUGUGAAGACUGUGGAAGGUGCUUUUCCUCAUCUUCAUCCCUUAGACGACACAAAAAAGCAAAAAUUCAUUCUAAAAAGAAUUCCUAAAGUUGUGGUGAAUGUGGCAAAAACUUUAUGAAUCUUAAUAUACUUAUUCAACACAUGAUAUAGUUAAUGCGAGAGAAAAAUCCAACAAAUGUCUUUAAAAGUUAACUUCUUCAAACCUUCAAAUGAAUCAAAUGAUUCAUUCUGACUGCAAACAUCAUGAAUGAUGUAUGAUUCCCCUCUGUAUGCUGUGAAUAUGUUUAAUACCAUUGGUUAAUAAAGAAGCUGUGUCAACCAA